CAAUUAAAAAUUAAAUACUAAAAAUACAAAAUACGUGAAUCCUGUGCGGUUAACACGGUUAAUGGAAUAUUUUGCACAAAAUACAAAUAAUAUAAUUACACACAUACACACGUGUAUGAACAGCUAAAUCUUUUGUUUAAUAAGAAACCUACAAAUUAAAAAAAAUAAAGCAAAACAUAAAACGAUAUAUAAAAAUUCAAAAUUCCGUGUGGUUCCUUGCAUCUCGUUAGUUCAAAUAUUAUUACAUACAUACAUACAUACAUAAAAUAUUAUGUAAAUAGUUCCUGCCGCUUGUCUCACGAAGAAAUGUAAAAAUGCCACAACCGAGCUCAACAUCUUAUCAACAUUAAUUUCGUACACAUGCACAUACGCACAAACUGGCACACAUACAAACGCUCAUGCAUGCAACGCUAUCACUGAACCAACGCACAAAUCCACUUAGCACGUGCACAGCGUAAUGGAACGUAUGUGGCGAAAGGUCAAUAACAGUUUCGGCGGACGAUCGUCGAAAACAACGGCGGCAGCAGCAGCAGCAACAGCCGCAUCAACAACAACAACCGGUAUACAACCCAAUGCAGCAGACAACACGAGUUUGGCUGGGGGAUUUUGUGAUGGCAACAUUGUUGCGCCCACCACUACAAUAACGGUCGCUGGUGGCAGCAACACGGUCAAUAUGCCUUCCAGCACCGCCACGGGGCGACGCUUGGCUGCCAGCGGCUUACUGCCUGCCGUUACAAACACUGCCAAGGAUGACAAAAACUCCAGAGCUCAAUAUCCGAAAUCACUGAGCCAGCAUGUGUUGCAUGCACACGCAUCUGCCGAUCGGCGUAGGCGACGUCGACGUAAGAGUCGACCGCGUCGUAGUGGCGUUAGUUGUGUGGGCGGCGGUGGUGGUGAUAAUAUGUCUUCCUCUGGCGGUUUUUAUACAAUGAAGGACUCUACCGAUGGCAGCCAUCGCCAUCAUCGUCAGGCAAGACAUUCAUCGAGCCGUCUAAUGGCUACCUCAGCACCCAGCGGCACUGUAAUGAUGUAUCCCAAUCCGAGUCGCACUUUAGAUUCUCUACAAACUGAGGCAGCAACAGCUGCUAUGAUAGCCACAACCGGUACUACUACAGCGGCAGGCCCAGCAACGGCAGCGACGCCGGAUAUUUCGUUGCGUCAACGUGCUGUGGCCAAGCUGCGCAUGUUCAAUUUUCAUCUCAACUGGGAUUUGCAUAUGACUCAUUGUAAGCCCUGCGGACCACGACUCAGCGGUGGCGGCAGUGGUAAUAUUAUAAUGAGACGCUUGUGCCGCAAUAGACGUCACGAAGAUAACGAAUUGUAUCGUUCCAAUAGCUUCAAAUUCGAAAGGUUCGAACGUAAGGAAUGCAUUGAUGAGCUAACUGAUACCAUGAAGAAACAGAUAGCCAUUUGUGAUGAUUACAGUUUACCGGUUGACUUUGUUAAGAAACGGCCGUCCAGUUUUGAUCCUUGUUUAGCCGAAUCUAUACCUACAAAUCUAGCAAAUUGGCCACAGCCCAGUCCAAAAGCCGAAUUCGCCACAGGUGUCAACAACGAACAGCGCGAAAAUCAACAAACUCACACUCAAGACUUGGAGGCGGCACUCCCACCACCACCGCCGCCGCCUGCUUCCUUAUCGACAUUACCAACAAAUAAUCAUAAUAAUAUUAAUAACCAUAAUAAUAAUAAUAAUAAUAAUAGCGCAUUAAAUAUUUUAACAAACAAUUUUGCGCCCAACAACACUACAUUGCUACUUGCCAGCCAAGCGGCAACAAAUACAUCAACAACAACACAAACAUUUAACUCACACUCAAUUCAAACGAAAUCCCAUAAUCAACAUAUUCCUCAAUCUCAAUCACAAUCUCAAUCACACUCUCAAUCCCAAUCACAAUCCCUGACACAAUUUCUUCCGCAAGCCCAUCCGCCCUUGCCUACAACGACAAUACGACACGCUGCGAUUAAGCUCAUAGAAGGCUACUCGGACCCCAAAGAUUCGAAGCGUCAGAAGAAACUCCAGCACAAGCGUGCCAGGCGUAGGUUGAAAAAUAAAAAACAACAAACGCAACAACAGCUGAGCAACGUUAAAGAGCAGGCGAAAACUAAACGUUCGAAUUGCACUUCAGAUUCGUCGGGACCAAAGUCUUCGGACGAUGAAAACAACCUUUCGUUAAAAGCGCCCGAACUCAAUUCGCCAGACAGUAUCUCCGAUGAUCUUGUGCAUCCAUUGCCUACACAAUUGUAUCGGAGUCCACGUAAACUGGUAGCUGUACCAGCGGAGACCAACAAACGUAACCCAUCGCCAUACUACUACUCUGACUUACUAAAGCCGAAGGAUAACGAAGAGGGUGCGGUUGAAAAGGAUAUAAAAAGUAAAAGUCGCCAAUCCACAGCUUCUGAACCGCUACAAUUAACGCAACCAAGCGUAGAUGUAGUUGCCUAUCGGAAGAGCACAAGUCUUGACAUACCAGAGCAUAAGGAGCACGAGCAAAACGAGCAAAUUGAAACUAUUCAAAGCACGCCCAUCCCACCAACAGCAACAGCGACUACAGCGCCGGUUGCGCCCAAUGAGACACCGAAACGUUACUCAUUCACCGAGGAGGGCGUGCAUAUAAUACGUUGUGACUCGCCAACCACAUCGACCUCGGAAGAGUCCGAUUGCAGUGAGUGUCAAAAGCGACGGCAAUGGCAUGCAAAGGCCUUGGCGCUGGUACGCAAAACAUGUAAUAUACAACCGUUGAGUGUGGGCACGAAUCCAAAUCCAAUUGUUAGCAAUAAUCAGACUGACGAUACCAGGAACUUGCCGCUAGUGGAAGACAAUUCGUCGAUGCCGCCGCAUAAACUGUUGGGACCGGCAAUUUGCGCCUGCGUUGGACCGACACUUGGCGACGAUAUAGACGAAUUCUUUCGACCACGUAGCAUAUUCUAUGUCCAUCCACAAGGCGUGCACGAGUGCGCAGACUGUCAUCCCACUGUAAACAAUACAACAAACUCCGGCCAUAGAAAUGUAUUUGAAGCCGAGCAGGGUGAAUUUCAAUUAAAAGCUCACACACUAGCCGAGGGCGAGGACGACGAGAUGUCUGGCCGUACGCGACAAUUAUAUGAGACCGCAUUCGAUUGUAAAAUUGCCAAAUCGGACGAUGAUCUCGAUGAGGUCGAUCGCAUAACCAAUCAUUCGGUAUUAUUUCAGACGAACAGCAAUAGUGCGGGCGCAAUUAAGAAGCCUGAAACUCGCUCGACAACAACCAAAUCCAAUCAGAUUAAAUCUCGACUCGAAGGUAAGAGAUUGAAAAAUUCGAAAAAUCACGCCAUACAAGAGAAGAGCAGCAACUCGGGCGGUAAUGCGAGUGGUAGCGGCUCGCCACUAUCGAUUCAACCCACAGAUGGUGAUCCGAAUAAGAAUGGCGAUUUCCAGUGCAAUUUGUCAAAUCUUGCAACGGGCAUCGAGAAGCUACACAUACGCGAACAACUUACCGACCAACAACAGCAGCAACAGCAACAGCAACAACAAGCGGAAGUGGCCUCAACUUCCACAUCACAAUUGCCCAUACGGGGCUAUACACCAUCGCCACCGUCAACUGCACCUCUACCGAUUAAAUUUCCCGGCAAACAUGAACGCUUGCUAAUGAACAGUAUAAAGAGCGCGCCCAACUUGCCAUAUACAAAUCCAGCACAUCCACGUCUACGCGACUUACGUCUUCCAUUACAGUCUUCGCUACGUCAGCAACACCAGCAGCAUACAUCCUCAAUUGGUACGAGUAAUGAGAAUAGUUUGACGGAUAGCGCUUACGUCAAUCCGCCAUCCUCGACUUCACGUAACAUACACAACAUGCCGGCGGCGCACGGUUCUAGAGCAAGGGAUAGACCACGUUCGUUUGUAAUCGAAUCGGGGCGUGUAUUGGAACUGCGUAAAAGCCACGUCUCCCACCGCCACCAUGUGGGCAGUGACGGUCGGCGAGUACAUAAUUAUUCCUCGACCGAGAGCAUUGCCACAUCGAGUAGUGGUGGUAGCAUGGAAUCAUUACGUUCGAGUACCAGUGAAGGAAAUCGUAGUACUUCCAGUUCAGAGUCAAGGAAUUCAACGUCGUUGAGUUCACAUAGCUCUGAAUCUGGUAGCUCGAGCGUUGCGCUCCCAUUGCGAGCACCCAUUGUCGUACACUCGAAAUUACAUAUCUUAAGUCCAAUCUCUGACAAGUCUUCCCAAGAACCAGCUUCCGAAUUAUCCGAACAUAAUAAAACCCAACACACAACACCCGAAGAAAUCACCCAGCUUGGACAAUUUACACAGUCGCACCAGCAUCAGCACACAGUUAGUGUGCACGUCUCAAGUUCGAAUCCGGAAAAUAUCCGACCGUUACAACAAAGCCAAACGGAUGUAUUGAAGAAGAAGAAAGUACCCGCAAAUAAGACACUACUCAAUUUAACCGAUGAAAUAAUCGGUUCGGAUAGUGGCAUCUCAUUACAUUCGCGUGAGGACUCGAAAUUAAGUGCUGGUGGCCUACAAAAAUUCACACUUCCAAAGCUUAACUUCACACAGGCUGACAAAACGAAUGAGAGCAGUACUAGCGCGGCGGCAACGGCGGCCAACUCGACCGGUGUACCGCAAGAGUUGCGUGAUCUACCAUUUGAUAUGCCAAAACUACGACGAAAAAAGACUUUACAGCAGGAGGCUUGCACUUCCGGCAGCGCAACGUCUGUGGAUCUAGGUGAUCUGCCGUUCGAUAUGCCGAAGUUGAGAAGGCGUUUGCGCACGAAUCAAAUAGAAAUCGGAAUCUUGUCCCAUAGUACUGAGUCCAGUGGUCUCUCACAAGCGUCCUCAAGCCAUUCAAUGCGCGAUGAAAACAAACUCAUCAUGAAAUUGGACGGCGCCGCAUUUCGUCAGAAUUUAACCUUAAACUUAAAUGAGUCGUCGCAACGUCAAACGAGUAAAUUCGGCAGCCUCGACACGCGUGGUCUUUCAUCCAACAAGGAACUCAAUUUGAAUAUUGCGCAAGGUUUUACGUCAGCGGUGGAUUUAAUCGAUAUAUCGAUACCACUCGAACGUCAAGGUUGGUAUCAUGGCGCCAUAACGCGUAUCGAAGCGGAAAACACAUUGCGUCCGCUUAACGAAGGCAGUUUCCUUGUGCGCAACUGUGAGUCCACCAAGCAAGAUUAUUCACUUUCACUUAAGGGUGCCAAAGGAUUUAUGCAUAUGCGCAUACAACGCAACGAAGCCGGUCAAUAUAUUUUAGGUCAGUUUAGUCGUCCAUUUGAAGCUGUUCCCGAUAUGAUACGACAUUUUUGUCUGAAUCGCUUGCCGGUUCGUGGCGCCGAGCAUAUGUGUUUGAUUGAGCCGGUCAUAGUUCAGCUGUUAUAGAGCUUUUUAUUAGAUAAUUUCCAAUUUACUUUAGAAAUGUAAAAUGAUUAAGUGCACACACACAUUCACGGCAAACUCACACACACACACACACAUGUAUACAUACGAUAAAAUCAUAUACAUAUGUAUGGGUAUGUGGCAGCUGUUUUACAGUUGCUUGGUUAGGUUGCAUAUACAUACAUACAUACAUACAUACAUAGAGAUAAACAUUGUUUACAAGAAAAAUUAAAAAAGAAAAUCACGUAAAAGUUAAAAUAAGACAAUACCAAGUUAAUAUUGAUGCAAUUGUGUACAUAUGUACAUAUAUACAUAUGUUUGUGUGUAUAUUUAUAUAUUUUUUCGCUUUCACAUGCCUACAUACAUACACGUAUGUAUAUGUACAUAUAUGUAUAACAUGCGUUCAAAUGUUGAAAUGCUGAGCAUGCAGUUUACUACUGACCAAAACUAUACUAGUCCAGAAAUCACCUAAUUGUAACUAGUUACAAAAAUGACAAUUAUUAGCAUUAAAUUAUUUUAUUUAAUUUUUUUUUUGUCAUGCGUUAAUUUAUGUUAUAUUGUGACGAAAUAAUGACGUGAACUGCGUAAUUGUGAUUUAUGAAAAGUGAUCAAGCGUCAAUUUUAUUGCAACUCGAUGCAAUCGGGUAUUUGUAAAAAAUUUCUAAAAAUUUCUAAAGCAAGUAAACAUGUAAAAAAAACAUACUCGUAUGUAUUUUCAAAAGUUAUCAUUGCUGGAUUUUUUUAUAUGAAACCUAAAUCUUUUCUGGUUCUGUUGUAAGAUUUUUGCAAACAAAAAAGGGAUAAUUAAAAGAAAAAAUAACCACAUGAAAGACAAUGUUGAGAUAAAGAUAACAUUUAGAUGAAAUUAAUAAAUAAAAAUCAAGAAUCACCA